AAUAGGCGCGCGGGCGGCGCGGCAAGCGCGGCGGUGGCGGCGCGAGGCGGCAGUCGGCGCUCGCGGUGAGAGGAGCUGGAGCCGCCGCGGGCUCGAGCCGCCGCCUCCGUCUCUUCCUCCUCCUCCUCCUCCUCCUCCUCCUCCUCCUCCUCCUCCUCCUCCUCGCGCUAUGGCGCUGCCGCGCCGCGCUGCCAUCCCUAGAGGGACUGAGAAUGCUGUGAAUGAACUUCACUGUAAAGCUAAAGCGCAAGUGACAGGCAGAAGGGCUGCUCUGGAAGAAAUAGGAAACAAAGUUUCAACACGGGGAAUGCACAUAGCUAAGAAAACUGAACGCUUCAGACCAUCUAUAAAGCCUACAAAAGGACCUAGUAAGAUGACAAAUCUAACUGCACUACCUAAACCUCCAGCUGUUGUGAACCAAGUAGCCAAAGAAACAAGUGUUCCAAAGGUUCUGUCUCCAGUUCCUAUGGAUGUGUCCAUGCAAGAAGAGGAUUUGUGCCAAGCCUUCUCUGACGUGUUGCUCAGCAAUGUAGAAGACAUUGAUGCUGAGGAUUGGGACAACCCCCAGCUUUGUAGUGACUAUGUAAAAGAUAUCUAUCUCUAUCUAAGACAGCUUGAGCUACAGCAAUCGGUGCGUCCCCGUUACCUUGAUGGGAAGGCGAUCAAUGGGCGGAUGCGUGCGAUUUUAGUUGACUGGCUCGUCCAGGUCCACUCAAGAUUCCAGCUUUUGCAGGAGACACUGUAUAUGUGUGUUGCAGUUAUGGAUCGCUUCUUGCAAAGUCAUCCAGUACCCCGUAAGAGGCUUCAGCUGGUGGGUGUAACAGCACUGCUUCUUGCUUCCAAGUAUGAAGAGAUGUUCUCUCCUGAUGUAGCAGACUUUGUUUACAUUACUGACAAUGCCUACACCAGUGAUGAAGUUAGAGAAAUGGAAAUUGUGAUUCUCAAGGAGUUGAACUUUGAUUUGGGACGUCCUCUUCCACUUCACUUCCUAAGAAGAGCAUCAAAAGCUGGUGAGGCUGAUGCUGAGCAACAUACACUAGCAAAAUACCUAAUGGAGCUGACUCUGGUGGAUUAUGACAUGGUGCACCAUCAUCCUUCAGAGAUUGCAGCUGCUGCAUUGUGUUUGUCACAAAAGAUUCUGGGACAUAACAAAUGGGGUACAAAGCAGCAGUACUAUACUGGCUAUACAGAAGACAGUCUUGUGAUAACUAUGAAACACAUGGCCAAGAAUGUUGUCAAAGUAAAUGAGAGCUUAACAAAAUACACUGCCAUAAAGAACAAGUAUGCAAGUAGCAAACUCCUGAUGAUCAGCACAAUCCCUCAACUGAACUGCAAGAUAAUCAAGGACCUAGCUUCAUCACUCAUAUGAUAAGUCUAGGCAGACAAGUCCUGCUGAUCCAUGCACUUUGUCCUCAUUUGCCUAUUAAGGCAAACAUGCUGCUCUUUGUAUAUAGCCUUUCAGCCUUACCAUAGCCAUUUCAGACUUGCUCUGAAACAGACCUUUUAAAUGUGCCUUGUAAUACAAUGCUAUACCUAGAAAUAAAGCUCCCUUUUUUAAAAAAAAAAAAAAAAAAAAGAAAAAAAAUCUGGUAUUUUCAGUCAAUAUUGUGACUGUGACUAUCUAGACAUGUCUGCAGUCCAAUUUUCAAGCAGGACAUUGGACUAUGUAGAUGACUGAUGCAGCUUGCAGUAGAAGUGCAUGAUUUUCUCAUUGACUGUUGAUUCCUAGCUUCAUAGUGGGUUAUACUUACUAAUUCUUUUUUUCUUCACUCCUAAGGUAAGAAAGAGCAAGCAGACAGUUCAGCUUUUGGUGUAUUUUAAAGGAUACCUAAAUAUCUGGUUUAUCUUGACAUCUUGUCCUGUAAGAAAGAGCAUACUUUUUGUGUGUGUGUGUGUGUGUGUGCUGUGUACUUCGAGUUAGGGAAAGAAGUAGGCCUUCUGUAUUGCAUCAUAUUGUAGCCUUUUACGUCCCUGUGUUGAGCAGCUGUAAGAUGAUGUAUUCUGUAUCUUUGUUUGCCUAAACAAAAGGGGGCUGAGGCAGGAAGAUUUUUUAUUUAUAUAUAUAUAUAUAUAUAUAUAUAUAUAUAUAUAUAUGUGUGUGUGUGUGUGUGUAUAUAUAUAUAUAUAUAUUUUAAAGUAUGACUUGGCGCAUAAAAGGGGAGGAGAACUUUGAACCAAGUCAGCUCUUAAAAACUGAUUUGAUAUUCAGAUCCAGCCCUUCCAUGUCUGGUCCCAUACCCCUUGCCUUCUUUCAGUAAAUUUUGGAGGCUACAGUCAAACCCACUGUAAGUAGAUUCUUCCAUAUCGUUUUCAGUUUUCCUUUCCUUUCUGUCUUUGUUGUGCUGAAUUCAAUGUUUCCCUUUUCCCAGUGUGUUUCCCCUGUGUAGGUGUGCACGCUCUGCUGUGCAAGGGGCAAGUCAAUGCCUUCCAAUGGAAGAAUGUUGAAGUUGCAGGCUUUUAUCUCCUUGAGGAAGAGUUGUUUUCUCCUAUGGUAUGAAUGUGCCAAGCACCGGUACUGCUAAUGGGGACGUACAACAGCCUCCAGGACUGAGGCGCUAGCCUCCAGUCCGGGUGAAAACAAACAGCUUCUGCAGUCAGUGAGCUCCUAAUGGUGUCCAUGGGGUUUGUGUGCCUAAAUUAUGCCUAGACAAUAGUGUGUGUCUGUGUGCGUGCGCGUGUGUCUGCGUGUGUGUGGGGCGGUUGAAUCUUGUGGAGUUCUGUUUUUGGAGACGAAGAGAAUUUUUUAGACGUAUGCAGUAAAAGCCAACAAACUUGCACUUUGAAGAGAUUUGCCCAUAUAUGCUCCCGAAAACGAACUACAAGGAAUAGAACAGUUCAGCAAACUCUUUCUUGUGUUUUAUUUUAUGGAGGUUCAGGAAACAAAGCAUGAAUGCCGGUAUCUAUGGUAAGCAACAGCCAUUUUGAAUGGUGUGGGAGGCAAUCAGGCUUGAGCAGUAACACUUUUUACGUUGUUUUAAAGGAGUAGUGCAUGUCUGUAAGUACCUGGCAUAAAAAUUCUAGUACAACUACAUUAUGAAUAAGAACAGUGGACUACUACAUUAUAUAUUCAUACAUGUUUCUACCAUAUUCAGGUUUCUAUAUACACUAUAUGAUCUGUUUCUGUAAAUGUACAGCUCUGCAUAAAGACAUUUCUUAUAACAGGUAGAGCAUUAAACAUAAAUCCAACAUGGGCCAGCCAUAUUCUAAUAUAAAUCUUCGAGAAGGCAACCUUGUUUAGUGUACAGUACUGCAUCAUUUUCUGUUUUCUUUUUAUAGUGCCUAUUGGAGUCCCUAAAUUUAUCAGCAAACACAAAUUAGUUCCAUUACGCCUCUAUACAGAAUUAUUUAAAUAUACCAUCACAGUAGAUUUUUAGAUGGCAAUAUCCCAAGUGAUCCUAAAUCUUUUUGACAUGUAGCAGCAUACUUAGUAUGUUCCCCAGAAUGAUCUGCAUUAGAGGAAAUGUCCAUUUAACAUUUUCUUCAUUAGAUAAUUAAAAAGAUUACUGAUAUUCAACUAAAAGGCACUUAUUAAAUACACCCCUUUCAAAGUCCCUGGUCCCAGAUUGCAAAGCACCUUUCAGUUUCAGGAAGAUAGUAGGUCUAAGCAUUCUUCACUCAGUGGGUGUCAAAACCAGGUUUUAAAUAGAAUAAAUAAUUUGUCAGUAUGUCCAUUGCUGUGUGUUUCUGAGGCAAAGAUCAAAGCGUGCACUGUGGAAAGCUAACUGAUUUUUCUUCCUGCUUGUUUACAACUUCACUGGUGAAAAUGCUGCUGAGACUGACAGAUCUCAGAUGAACAGUGUCCUGAAGGCAAGGGAAAGUAUCUUCAACCACUGGUAAUAUUAUGCCAUUUUUCAUCUGACAAAUCGUUAGUCUUUUAUAUCUUGGUCACAUAAUUGUUGGGAAACAGACCUUGUUUCCCUCGUAGUCUUCCUGUCCACCAACCAGAAGGAUCUACGACAAAGAAAUAAAAUUAAGCACUCAAGUCCUGUAA